CCUUGAUAUACGUACGACCUGUCCCAUCUGAUAAUAUAUAUAUAUGGUAACGCUCCGACCUGCAUUGUCUGUUGUUCCGAAUCAUUUACGAGUUACGCAAAAACACACUAUAGGAGUUUGCAAAACCCUUAAUUCUCGUUAUAUAGCUGUUUGUUGGUGAUUUUGUCUCCUGCCUUUAACAAUAACAGCUUUCUCAGAAGAACGUCUUGUGAAUAAAAACACUCUUUAUUAAAGGCAAAGCAGGGAAAAAAAUUGCUUCCAGUUUCUUUUUUUCAGGUACACGACCUUAGAACAGGCAGGAAAAGUCUCUAGUUCGUUGAUUGGUAACUGAGCGUGUGCUGUGGAAUUUUCUCGCUCAUCUUUUUGCUUUUCCGCGUGUGCUUGACUUUGUGCGAAUCUGCUAGGAAUUUCUGAGCUUCAGCUGGUUCUGUUAUUGUUGCUCUUUCAAGAUUUCGGGUGAAAGAUUCAUUUUGUGAAACUCAGGUAUUUUUUAAAACACCUGUUUCCGUUCUUUCAUUCCUCUAUUAUUCUUUUCGUUUUGGGUCCCUAUUAGGUUCACACAUAUCGUCUGUUUUGCCAUCAUGGUCACGAAAUGGGAAAUGCUUACUACCUGGAAUCCAGUUACGGCUUCCUUAAUCUCGCCUAUCCUGGUGUAUUGGGUGGCCUCUGGAUUCUUUGCUUUUCUUCAUUGGUUGAAGUCACCUUUUUUUGAAAAGUAUCGUAUCCAUUCUCCCGAGGAGUUUACUAAGCGUAAUCGCGUUCCCCACUUGGCUGUUUUUGGCGCCGUCGUCUUUCAGCAGGUCUGUGAAAUUGUCGUCGGAGUCGCCUUGGCUCUUUUCGAAGGCUACCCCGAACCUGUAAAUCAUCAAUUGCAACUUUUGCGUUAUCGUGCCUUUUUUGAAAAGAACUUUCCGGCCAUUAUCGAUGCUCUCCCCUUUCUCCCCUCUCUCGCUUACAAUUAUUUCGUACCCCUAUUCCAAUACAUCCUUGCCUUUUUCAUUAUCGAUACCUGGCAAUACUUUUGGCACAGAUACUUGCACUACAACAAGAAACUCUACAACAUGAUCCAUGCUCACCAUCAUCGUUUACAGGUCCCUUAUGCCAUGGGUGCUCUAUACAACCAUCCCUUUGAAGGUUUGAUUUUAGACACUUUGGGUGCUGGCGUUGCCUAUCUCAUCGCUGGUUUAAGCGCUAACCAAGCAAUUGUUUUCUUUACCUUAUCCACUUUGAAAACUGUUGAUGAUCACUGUGGUUAUCUUUUCCCUUACGAUCCUCUUCAAAUCUUCUUCGCUAACAAUGCUCGCUAUCACGAUCUUCAUCACCAACCUUACGGUUUCCAAAAGAACUUUUCUCAACCCUUCUUUACUUUCUGGGAUCACGUACUGGGCACCUAUAUGGCUCCUAAGGCUGAGAGCAUGAUUGAGCGAAAGCUAAAGGGCACUAAUACCAAUGAAGUUAAGAAAGUUAACUAAACUUGUUAUAUGUCACAUUUGCUCUUUUUCUUUUCCUAACUUAAACUCUACAAUAAUUGUUAGUACUAUAAUUCUGUACUUUGCAUGUUUUAACUAUACUUUAUUGUUAUUACAUUUUUCCUCUUUUUUGUUUACUAACAGGAAUCUCUUUGCUAAACCUCUCUCCUGUUCCGUUCUCUUCUCCACUCAUUUUUUUCACUUUUAACAUUUUAAUUUAAUGCUGACCAGUUCAACUUUUUGCAAGUGUCUGUGCGUGUUCUAUCGAGUGUAAACUAUUCGUUAAUAUACAAUCCCUAUUCUAAAGGAUGCAUUACUUAUCUUAGAUGGUUUUGUUUUAAUUCCGGCUGGUACGACAAUCAAAAAAAGGGUUUUUUCUAAAACGGUCCUUCCCAUUAUUGGACCUUUUCCUUUGAAUUAGUAAAAAGGGCUGUUUCGUCGUAUUGGUCUUUUAUUUAUAUCGAUAGUAUUUUGCUUCUCAUCAUUUUUAAAUUCUUUUUUCCAUCAUCAAAUUUAAAUACAUUUGUUUGCUCGCGUUC